UCUUUUUACUCUCUUUUUACUCUCGACAAUGAUGUACACUUCUCAACCAAGGCCCAUGCCAACAUUUAAUAUGAAGGUAGAUGUAGAUAUCUUGGUCUCACCAAGGCCUGAUCAACAAACAAUCACUAUAGAACCAGUACCUCGUAUAUCAAUUUGGGAAGCUGCCAAAGUAGGCGACAUAGAUACACUCAAUUAUUUUAUUCGUCACCAUACAAACAUUCCACAAGAAGAUGACCUUAUGGAUGAAACAAGUAUUACUCGAUUACUAAAUUCUCGAGACCCCAACACAGAAUGUACUUUACUUCACUUGAUUGUCUCCCAUAAUCUCAAUCCAUUGGAACCAUUAAAGCUUCUAUUAGAACAAGGUGCAGAUGCUACCGCACGCAAUGUGUACAAUGUUCAAGCUAUUCAUGCGCUCAUUCUAAAGUGUCCGGAACCUUUGGAAUCCAUGAAGCUACUAUUAGAAUACGAUGCGGACCCAAAUGCACGGGAUGGAGAUGGUUGGACACCUGCUCACUAUGCUGCUCGGUUCUGCAAAUCACCCGGCCCCGUACUAAAAGCAUUAGUUGAAGCGGGAGCGGACAUCAAUGCUGUUGAUUCUAGCAAAAAGACAGCCCUUUUUGGGCUACUUGCAAACGGAGAUCAUAGUAUGACACUUGACUGGUUGAUUCAUACAGCAAAGGCAAAUAUCAAGACUAGGGGUGAUUUCCUAGAUGGUCAGACCCGACGCACAAAGCAAGGUUCAUUGAUUCUACAGGCAGCUAAAUACGGAAGACUAUCAUCAUUACGUAUAUUGAUCAGUUCUGCUUCAGCAAUGGACAGCUUAGAAACAAUAUUAACGCAUGAUGAGUUAACACUGGCUAUUGAGUUGGUAAGACAGCAAUUGGUCAAAGUUACGGAAAGAGACAAGGUAGAGAGACUUGGGUUAAUUAUUAUGAUACUGGAAAACAUGACACAAAAGCUAUAUGCCCAAGACAAUUUACCAAAACAAGAUAAUACUUCAAAAAGCUUAUUAAAAAGAGCAUUAUCGUGGAGACAAAAUAAAUGAAACUCCUCUUAAACAUUUAUUUAUGCAAC